GCACAGGGCAUUCCAAUGAGGUCCCCAUAUUUCAAAAACGUUUUAGUUUUGUGGAAAGCUUGUUUUAUAUAAUUAUUAAUUAAAGAAAAAGUACCACAAUGAAGUAGGAUAUUACAAAACUUACGCAAUGGAAGAAGACGAUCCUGUUGUUCAAGAGAUACCAGUGUUCUUAUCCCAAGCUUUGACAAAGAAUCUAUACAUCUAUCAGUAUCCAGUAAGACCGGCCAAUAGGGAUUGGUCAAAUGCAAAAGUUGAAAAUGUAUCUAUUAAACCGCGGAACAAAUUAGUACGAAUGGAAAUUGGCUUAGAUACUUACAGCGAUAAGUAUUGUUCAUCCAAAGGUGAACAGAUUGCUGUUAAUACCGAUGGGCUGCAUGGAUUAAUUAAGGAUAAAGAACGUGAAAAAUCUAAAUAUUUUAAGACUGAUGUAAUGGAUAAAAUUGUUUAUGAAAGUAGUUCUACUUGUGUUGAUACACAACAUUAUGCUAUUGGAAUAUUGCAAGAUAAGGAGCUGCAUUGUACUCCCAUCCAAGGUAUAGUCCAAUUACGUCCAUCCUAUUCAUAUUGUGACAAACAAGAUAAAAGGAAGCAGGAUAAGAAUGAAUUGGAUGUGUCAGAGGAUGAAGAAAAGGAACCUGAAAUACAGCAGGUAACAGUAAAGUUUGCACGAGUAGAGACUGAAGUUGCAAAGAAAGCCAGGGAAAAAUCCUUUCGCACAAUUAGUCAAAAGGUUGCUGAAGAGCCAUGGUAUGAUGCAUUGUGGAAAAGCUCAAAAAGUGAUCAGGCUGAGUUGGAGAGAUUGAAGCUGUUUAGUGCAACAUCAUCAGACGGGUCUGCUUUGACAUUAGAGGCACGGGAUUACAUCAAAGAACUAGUUCCAAGUGCUGAAGAAGACGAACAAGAGACUGAAAAAACACUAACUUUGCCAGAAGUCAUUAAGGAGAUACUAUUGGAUGCUAAACUAAUGACAUUCACGGAACUCCGUGAAGCGGUACGCCGUAGUGGCCUACAGAGCGGCGACGCGGCCCUUUUAGGCGCUCUGGGCGGGGCCGCUUGCUGUGUGAGAGGCUUGUGGGCGCCGAGAUCACAUGACGUAUACCCACGCGCCACGCCUGCACCCCCAAGACUGCUUUGUGCUGCUAGGGACCAUGUGCUAUAUCUUUUCACUCAACACCCAUACGUGGACAGGCGAAAAAUUACCGCCGCAGUCCGAUUGCCAGCAAGUGACGUGCUUGGAAUACUUCAGUCUGUCGCUAAACUAAAUCCCAACACGGGUUGGGAGCUUUUAUUACCACCGGACCUCGCCUUCGAAGCUAAAUAUCCAGAAAUAAUACAACGCCAGAAUCUAUACUGGGAAGCCAGGCAGCGGCAGUUCAACGAAAUGCUAAUGGGAGAAUGUGUACCGAAGAGGCAAAGGAAGAAAUCCCAAAGAGAUUCUAUAAGUUCAGAUACAAUGUUAAGUCCGAAACCGAGGUGUAAUAGUGUUAGUGAAGAGGAAAGUGAUAGAAAACGAUAUAAAAAUAAAUCUGCUAGUGGGGUGGGAAAACGGACUAGACAUGUCAGUGGGGGACCGGAUACGUGACUAUAGUGGUAGUAGGUUAUCAAUUUAGGAAUCAGUGUAAAUAUGUGAGGCUGUCGAAUGUGUAAGUAAAUUUAAAUAUGCGUUUUCAACUUGCUAUUUAUGGGCCAUUUUUAACAAUUUACAUUUUUUGGAUAUAUGUAUAAAGAAUAAAUUGCUUAUCAGAAAAUAAAAAGAUCUCUGGGUUUUAAUGUAGUAAAAUAUGGGUACAUUAUUCAACAUAUAAAAAUUUAAUGUUUAUGAAUUGUUUCUUCUGUUUUGUUGAUAGAAUAUUUGAUCUACGAACCCUAAGGGAACGUUAAUUUUGUGAUACAAUUUAUAAGCUAAAAAUAAUAUUAUAGCAAUAUUUUAGGCUUAUUUUGUUUUUGUAAUAAGCACCAGAAAAUCCUACAGUACAGAAAAGUAGUCAUGCUUUUUUAUUUAACUUCAGUAAAUGUCUUAUUUAAAAUUUGCUAACAUUAUGAAAUUAUGUCAUCAUAACACAUAACAAGUGUAUGGCCGAAAUAUAAUGUAAAUCUGUAAAAAUAUUUUUUUUAAUAUUACACUGUUUUUUUUAACUCUUAUCACCUCCGAAAAUUAGUGGUUAACAUACAUGGUGUAUGAAGGAACCUGGUCUCGAUUCAAAUUCAAUCUAAUUGUUAAGGGUUGACAGACACAGAAGUCUGAUAACCUACUUGCAAAACACAGCAAUCAUUAGUUCUUGCUUACAUGCUUUUCAUCUUGUAUUAAAACCAGUGGCCUAUGGUCUUGGCCAUAAAUUUGUUGCUUAUCUUGAUCACAUUUUCACGGAAGUGGCAAGUAGAUGAUCAGCAGAUGACAUAAAUGUUUGGUUUUUGGGUUUAGGACAUGCCAGUCCUCAUGUGGGAAACAUCUCUGUAGGAGCAACAGUUAAUUGUGUACAUGAAAAAUUCAAUUAUUGAUGUAUAGUGAUAGAUGUUAUUCUAACACACACUUGGCAAAUGCUUGCCGAGGCAUUGGGCCGAUGCUGUUCUAUUUCUCAUAAAUUUAAUUGUAAAAUCCAUCUUAAUGUUGAUGAAAUAAGGGUGUUAUUAUAUUAUACAAUACUUUUUCUUUGCAUUGUUGUUACAUUUGGAGUGUUAUUUUGACAAAAAAUAUUUUGUUUUCUGAGAAAUUGAUGGAUUGAGAAAUUCUCAAGUAAAUAUGUAAUUGUUUUUAUUGUGUAUGUUAUCCAGUUUAAGCAGAUAUUGUUAUUUUAUACGAAAUACAAAGUAAUAAAAUAU